GAUGAUCCUCAGGUACCCCAGGCUCCUACUGCUCUACCUCGUACCAGCACUCCUAGCAAGCCACUACACAGUACACCUUCUUCUGUCAGUUCUGUUAGCAACACUCCAGAUAAAUCUGUUAGUAAGAGCAGCAUACUUGAAACUUUAAUAAAUGAGGUGGGGCUCCAACCUGAUGAUCUUGUUGAAGUAUCAAGAGAGGAAUCUAAACCUGGUGGUGAUUAUACUUAUGCUUCGUUAGGAGCUACUGAUGUUCCUCCAGCAAUACCGGAAAGGACAUCAGAAGCACUUGAAGUUAUGAACGUACCCCCUCCUUUAUAUGAAAGUGCUGAAUUGCCACCUCCUCUACCACCAGUACCAAUGAAUCGUACUUCUUCUCCUUCUUCCCUACUGCCUUCUUCUCAUCAUCACAUUUCACCAACUUCUUCAUCAACUGCCUUCUCUGUAGCAACAAUGAGGAACACUGACUUAACUAAUAAACCAAAGAAAGAGAGGUUUUCAGAUGAUACUAGUAUUCCAAGUAGCAGCAAGAGCAGUAGUGUGUCACCAAGGAAAGCUCCAAGGUCUAAUAUUGCUGAGUCGGCUAAUAAUAAAUACUCAUUCUCUGGGAACUAUGGUUUUGGUGUUCGUGUUGGUAAGCCCAAGGGACCCCGCCCUCCUCCUCAGCAGUGGACUGCAGUGAAUGGUAUUAUACACUAGUGAUGGCUACCUACAGGUCCUUUAUAUGACAUUGGAUUAUUUUACUUCAUUCUCUUUAUAUCUCCUCCUCCUCUUUCUCUUUAUUUGUAUCGUGUGACUUGUUAGAAAAUCAGUUUUUUAGUAAAAUAAUAA